AUGUUUGAUUCUUGUACCUCUCUUACACAAAUUAUACUCCCUCUCAAUAUAAUAGAAAUAGGAAAAUUUUCUUUUUAUAACUGUUCGAAUUUACAGACCAUUGAUAUCGAAAACAGCUCAAUUACGACUUUGUCAGACUAUUCAUUCGCAAACUGCGCGAAAUUAAUUACAAUUAAACUCCCAAAGAAUCUUUGUCAAAUUGGUGAGUAUUGUUUUGCUAACACUUCCUUAAACACAUUGCAUUUACCAGAAACGACUCGAAAAUUAUGCGAAGGCGCAUUUUAUCAUACUAAAUUAGAAAAUUUAGAAAUUUCAGAUUGUUUAAUUUCCAAAAUCACCUCAUAUUCAUUCGCACACUGCAAUCUAACAUCCAUAUUUCUACAUCCGAGCAUCAGAUCCUUAGGAAUUUCAUGUUUUGAAGGAAAUAAGUUUUUAAAGUCAAUCGAUAUCUCAUAUACGAACGUUGUUAUCAUUAAUUCAUCGGCAUUCAAAGAUUGUUCAUCAUUAUCAUCCAUAUCAUUUUCCAUCAUUACUAAUUUUUUAGGUGAUCAUUGUUUUGAAGGUACAAAUUUCACUCAUUUUGAAACACCCGAUUCUGUUCAUCAUCUAGGAAUGUGUGUAUUCAAAAACUGUCCUAAUUUAGUUCAAGCAGACCUUGGAUCUAUUUCAUUUGACAAAGUUCCAUACGGAUUCUUCUGGAACUGCCAUAAAUUUAAUUCUAUCAAACUCCCUCGUCACCAGUUCUUCAUUGAACCACAUGCAUUCGAAGGAACUGGAUUUACUCAUAUUAGGUUUCCAAAUUCACUUCUUGGCAUAGGCGAUUAUGCAUUUUCACAUUGCCAUAAUGCAUUGACUAUUGAUAUCAGCAAUUUGGAGUUUACAUUAACAGGUACACAUAUUUUCGAAGAUUGUCCAAAUGUUGAAACAUUUCUUUACGCGGAAGAAGAUAUCUAUUUUCCAGACUAUCUUUUAAGUGGGUGUGGUUUAUCUUCUCUUGUUUUGCCAGCGAAUAUAAUCGGUAUUGGUUUUGGAUGCUUCAUGAAUUGUAAAAAUCUUCGAACUGUUAAUCUUCUUAAAACAUCCAUCACAAAAAUCCCGGAUUACGCUUUCUUUGGUUGUAAUCUUUCAACUAUUUUAUUGCCGAAGAGUGUAAAUGAGAUCGGAUUGUAUUCUCUUGGUCAUAACACUUCUACGACCAUUAUAUAUUAUGGUCACAAUGUCCCAAAUUUCGGCUAUACUGAUACAUUUGGAUCGAUUUUUGUUCAUUUUGAUUAUCCAACCGAUUUAUUCUGCGGUCAAAAUGUUGAAAGAGUCCGACUUCGGGAAAUUGGCGAAAACGGAGAAGAGUUACCAGAAAUUGUUUCAGAUUUCGCAUAUUCAAUGAAUUAUUUUGCAAUUUUUGUUCUUACUUUAUUCCUUAUGUUCCAAUUCAAACGACUUUAUUCUCUAAAUGUGAAACGAUUCUCCCGCAAAGAGAGAGAACGAUUUCUCAAAACUGCAUGA